AUGGCGCAGAUGUUGAAGAGGUCCUUCUCGAUGAGCGCCGCCGCCUUCUCGGGUCUCGUCAAGGCUCCCGUUGCGGUGCAUGGGAUUGAAGGACGUUAUGCGGCUGCUCUCUACUCUGCCGCCCACAAGCAGAAGAACCUCGAACAGGUGGAUAAGGAUCUCCAGAAGAUCAAAGGCAUUUACCAGCAAGAUGCAAAAUUCAAGGAUUUCGUUCGUGAUCCUACCCUCAAGGGACUGAAGAAGAAGCAAGCUGUGCUUGCUAUAGCUCAAAAACUGGGUUUGACCAAAGAGUCGACCAAUUUCCUCGGUAUACUCGCUGAGAAUGGGCGGCUCAGCAAGUUGGAAGCCGUUGUUGCAUCAUAUGAGCAUAUCAUGCGUGCUCAUCGGGGGGAACUUUUCGUUCAGGUCACAUCUGCUGAACCACUCAGUAAGUCACACGAAUCAGCACUUAGCGAUGCCCUGCAUAAGAUGGCGAAAUCAGGACAAAAAUUGAACGUUACCUACACUGUAAAACCGGCAAUCAUGGGUGGUCUAGUCGUGACCAUAGGAGAUAAAUACGUUGAUCUGUCGAUUGCCUCACGCAUCAAGAAACUCAAGGAGACACUCGUCGCUUCAGUUUAA